AUGGCGAAUGCUACAGCUCAGCUGAGCAGCAAGGCACGCUUCUUCUUCUUAGUCGUCUUCUCAUUGUCGCUCGUGUGCCGCGCCGGGGCGUCCAAUGGCGCUGCCGCCACGGGCGACGAGGCGGCGAUGCUGCUGGCCAUCAGGGCCUUGCUCGCCGACCCACUGGGGGAGCUCAGUGGCUGGGGCUCCGCGCCGCAUUGCGGCUGGAAGGGCGUGCGCUGCGACGACCGGGGCGCGGUCACCGGCCUUGACCUCGCGGGCAUGAACCUGAGCGGCACCAUCCCGGACGACGUCCUCGGCCUCAGCGCGCUCACCUCGGUCGUGCUCCGCGGCAACGCGUUCGCGGGCGGGCUACCGGCCGCGCUGGUGUCGAUCCCGACGCUCCGGGAGCUCGACGUCAGCGAUAACGGCUUCACCGGCCUGUUCCCGGCCGGCCUCGGCUCGUGCGCCUCGCUGGCGCAUUUCAACUCCUCCGGCAACGACUUCGUCGGCCCGCUCCCGGCCGACCUCGGCAACGCCACCGAGCUCGAGACCCUCGACGUCAGGGGCGGCUUCUUCUCUGGCACGAUCCCCGAGAGCUACGGCAGGCUCCGGAAGCUCGAGUUCUUGGGGCUCGCGGGCAACAACCUCAGCGGCGCUCUCCCGGCUGUGCUAUUCGAGCUCACGGCGUUAGAGCAGAUCAUCAUCGGCUACAACGAGUUCACCGGCCCGAUCCCAGCGGCCAUCGGCAAGCUCAAGAACCUCCGGUACCUUGACAUGGCGAUCGGCGGCUUGGAAGGCCCCAUCCCACCCGAGCUCGGCCGGCUGCCGGCGCUCGACACCGUGUUCCUUUACGGGAACAACGUCGGCGGUGAGAUACCCAAGGAGCUCGGCAACCUGGCCUCCCUCGUCAUGCUCGACCUCUCUGAAAAUGCACUCACCGGCGCGAUCCCACCGGAGCUGGCGCAGCUCGCCAACCUGCAGCUGCUCAACAUCAUGUGCAACCGGCUCAAGGGCGGCGUCCCGGCGGGCGUCGGUGAGCUUCCCAGGCUUGAGGUGCUCCAGCUGUGGAACAACUCCCUCACCGGCCCGCUGCCGCUGUCGCUCGGCGCCGAGCAUCCACUGCAGUGGCUCGACGUGUCGACGAACGCGCUCUCCGGGCCGGUGCCCGCCGGCCUCUGCGGCAGCGGCAACCUGACCGGGCUGAUACUGUUCAACAAUGCCUUCACGGGCCCGAUCCCGACGAGCCUCGCCACGUGCUCGUCGCUGGUCCGCGUGCGCGCGCACAACAACCGGCUGAACGGCGCGGUGCCGACGGCGCUCGGGCGAUUGCAUCGCCUGGAUCGCCUGGAGCUGGCCGGGAACGAGCUCUCCGGCGAGAUCCCGGACGACCUGGCGCUCUCGACGUCGCUCUCCUUCAUCGACCUCUCGCGCAACCGGCUGCGGUCGGCACUGCCGCCGCGCAUCCUGUCCAUUCCGACGCUGCAGACGUUCGCCGCAGCGGGGAACGAGCUGACCGGAGGCGUGCCGGACGAGCUGGGCGGUUGCCGGGCACUCUCCGCGCUUGAUCUGUCGGGCAACCGGCUCUCCGGCGCCAUCCCGGCGGGUCUCGCGUCGUGCCAGCGGCUCGCGGCGCUGAUCCUCAGGAGAAACCGCCUCGCCGGCGACAUCCCCAGGCCGUUCGCCACGAUGCCGGCACUGUCCGUCCUAGACCUCUCCAACAACCUCCUCUCCGGCGAGAUACCGAGCAACCUGGGCAGCUCGCCGGCGCUCGAGAUGCUCAGCGUGGCGUACAACAACCUCACCGGUCCCGUGCCGGCGACGGGGCUGAUGAGGACGAUCAACCCCGACGAGCUGGCCGGGAACCCGGGGCUCUGCGGCGGCGUGCUGCCCCCGUGCCUGGCCAACGCUUCAUCCUCGGAAGCGUCCUCCAGACUCCGGCGCUCGCACGCGAAGCUCAUCGCUGUCGGGUGGGCGAUCGGCAUCUCCGUCGCACUCGUGGCCUGCGGAGCCGUCUUCCUCGGUAAGGUGCUGCACCAGCGGCGGUACGCCAAUGGUGCUGGAUGCUGCGACGACGACGCCGCUGAGGAGGACGGGAGCGUCUCGACGGCGUUCCAGCGGCUAGGUUUCACCGGCGCCGAGGCGAUCGCGUGCGUCAAGGAGAACAACAUCGUCGGCAGCAAGUCCAGCCAUCCCUCAUGA